GUGUAGCGCAUGCGUGAUGCUGUGACCUUCUGCCGGCGGUUUGGGCCUGGGGCGCCGCUGCGUCCUGCUGCUCGUCCCCGUUGUAUGCGCGAGGCAGGUCGGGCAGUGGGGGAAAUGGCCACGAUAGAGCUGCCGUCGCUGCAGGAGCUCAAUGUGCAAGAAGUGAACGUGUCGUCGGCGGUGCUGAAGGCGGCUGCUCACCAUUACGGCUCGGAGUGCGACAAGCCCAAUAAGGAGUUCAUGCUGUGCCGCUGGGAGGAGAAGGACCCGCGGAAAUGUCUGCAGGAAGGUCGGAAGGUCAACGAGUGCGCGCUGGAUUUCUUCAGGAAGAUAAAAACUCACUGCAGUGAGCCCUUCACAGAGUACUGGACAUGCCUUGAUUAUAGCAAUCUGCAGGAGUUCCGUCGAUGCCGCAAACAACAAGAUGCUUUUGAUAACUGUGUGCUAGACAAACUAGGUUGGGUUCGACCAGACCUAGGAGAACUCUCAAAGGUUACCAAGGUGCAGACAGACCGACCAAUCCCUGAGAAUGUCUAUCAUUCCAGGCCACGGCCAGAGCCUAACCCAGUCGUUGAGGGAGAGUUACAACCUGCUAAACAUGGCAGCAGGCUUUUCUUCUGGAACUGGUGAAGGAUAAAGUAAUGCUACACAUUCAGAGAGACUGAUUGACUGAAUUCAAAUAAUUUGUGUGUGAUUGUACUAACCCAAGUAGGUGUUUAAAGAUACCUGGGGCCAGUUGUACCACAGACAUCCCUAUCAUUGGUGUAUACAAAUAACGUUGAGAGAAAUAAAAAUAUAACUUAACAAUG